CUGACUGAACUCUAUAAUGCGCGAUCGAUCGAUGCGAUCGGCGCGAUCGAUGUUUGUUGUUGUGUGAAAAAGGUAUUUUAUCAUUAUUCUCCAUUUUCCAUCAUGCCACGGCGGAAGGUAACAAAGAAGAAAGACACAGAAAAUGAUCAGAAAAAUGAAAAACUAGAGGCACUGCUAAAACAGUUUGACAUGGAAGUGGACCGUCGUGUGUACGAAAUGCACCGCGCGACCGAGCAGACGUGCGCGCACAUCGACGGCAUGUUCAAACUGGCCCGCCUCAAAAUACCAUCGGCAUUCAGAAGUGAACUUUUCGAGAACAUCAAAAAGGAUGACGAGCAAGAGAUGGCGAAGGCAACGGACACGCUGUCGGCAGUGGACGCCAUACUGGACGAGGCGGAGCGCACGGUCCGCCAGCGGAAACCGGCGGCACGGGGACGGGGCACGGGCCGUGCCACGCGCGCCGCGUCCUCGGCGGCUCCUCCGUCGGCGCUGGUGACACCCCUGCAGCCGCUGCGGCCGCUCCACGCCUCCACGCCGGCGGUGACGCCCAAGUUUGACCCGCUGACAGUGCAGCGGCAGGCGCCGAGCACCAUCCGUCGGCACCGGCCGCGCGAGGUGCUCAUGUCGCUCAAAGGCAGCCCCGUGAUGGCGGACACGGCUGGCGGCGCUGAGCCCGUGGCCGAGACCAAACAGAUAGUGCAACAAGCGGUGGAGCUGCUCCGCCAAGAGGAGGAUCUGGACGAAGAGACCCGACAGCUGAUGGCCAGCCUGCGCGACCAGCUCAACGACCUCACUGCCAGCGUCAACAAGCCCAUCUGAUGUGAUGGCGUCACUCUGACGUCAUCGGACUGUGUGACGUCCGCUGCCGAGCCGCGUGAGUUCUACUCCCGGCCGGCGACUGUCGGGCGGCGACGGCGCUGGAGGAGGCCGCUGAGCUGCCGCGCUGAGUAGGCUCGAUGGAUGCUGCCUAAAGGCACUGACUUUGUACUGGGAGAUGUGGGUUGUCCAUGCCCUUCUCCCGGUCUGUAUGUAUAUAUCGCGCUGCUCGUGAGGACGUUGAGUUGUGAGCGGGUAUGGCCCGGCUAUAGGUUAAUGCUUUGAACUGAGGAGAAGCCGCGGUGGAGUCGUCGCGUCCGUCUCAUUAGCCGGAGGAUUACCGUGACUGGAUGAAGUUCAUUGACGUCAUCGGUACCCAGUGGUGUCAUCUGUUGUGUUUGGUAUGCAUGGUUGGAGUGUGUGAUUCGACACUACCGCAAUCGUGCGGGGUAUGUGCCGCCUGCCUUCUUCCAUUCAUACUGUCUAUACUGUCCAGUGCCUGCCAAUGGUGAGGCGACCAAUACAUUGCUCGUAUACCA